CUGAAGACAAUUAACUUCUUUCAUCCACUCAUUCUCGCCCCACUCACUCAUCAAGGAACAUGCAGGCCAUCAAGUGCGUUGUCGUCGGAGACGGUGCUGUCGGAAAGACUUGUCUCUUGAUCAGCUAUACCACAAAUGCCUUCCCCGGGGAGUACAUUCCCACUGUCUUUGACAACUACUCUGCCAACAUCAUGGUCGAUGGAAAGCCCAUCAGUCUCGGUCUCUGGGAUACAGCUGGCCAGGAGGAUUAUGAUCGACUUCGUCCACUCUCAUACCCGCAGACUGAUGUCUUUUUGAUCUGCUUCUCCUUGGUCAGUCCUCCAUCUUUCGAGAACGUCAAGACAAAGUGGAACCCUGAGAUCAGUCAUCACGCACCCAACGUACCCACCAUCCUUGUUGGAACAAAGCUCGAUUUGCGUGAGGAUAAGGACACAUUGGACAAGCUGCGCGAGAAGCGCAUGAUGCCAAUCUCAUACCCUCAGGGCCUGCAGAUGGCCAAGGAGAUUUCCGCUGUGCGCUACCUCGAGUGCUCAGCGCUGACUCAGAAGGGCCUGAAGAACGUCUUUGACGAAGCAAUUCGUGCGGUGCUCUGCCCCGUCCAGCCCUCGAAGAGAUCGAAGAAGUGCCUCAUUUUGUAAGAGUAUGAAUGAACACGGAACUCCCAUAUUUAAAGAACCCUUCCUCCCGAACAACGCACACGCCGGAUAAUUAUAAUAAAUAAAAUAAAUAUAUCGUGAACCACCAAGCAAUGCUUCUUGGAGCGGCCGAUACUUGUUACAAUA